AUGUCUUUUCCCACAGAAAGUUCCGAUUCCGAUGAUUCCUCUUCGUUAUCUUCGGCUCUUCCACUACCAAAUGAAAUCUCUAUGAACUGUUUCGCCUUAGUUCCAAGACGUUACUAUCCAGCACUAUCUCUUGUCUCCAAAACCAUCGGUGGUUUCAUCACUUCCCCUGAUCUUUACCUCGUACGUUCACUUCUCCAAGCCACUGAAAAUGUUCUUUACGUCGCUUUGAGAGUUCGUCUUCAAGAAACUCAUUCUUGGUACUCUCUUAACCUAAAACCUCUCAAAGAUAUUAAGAUAUUACCAAGGCCUAUUAGGAUAAUGAUGUUUACAUUCCAAAUUUAUCUCUAG